GCUCUCCCGUGCGCUCGCGGAGGCAGUGAAAACCUCCGGUGGGUAUAUGCGCUCGCAGAUGUCAUGUGAAACCCCGCAUGCUGGCCUUACCGCACAACUGAAGAGUCCGAACACCGCUUCACGCACCUCUGGAAUGGUUUUGCACAGUAGUCUCCCGCUUUGACGAGACCAAACUUCACCACCGAGGAUUUUGUUUUUUUACUCUGGUUUAUGUUUGUUUCUUCAUGACUCACGCGUUCGGGAGCGAGUCGCCACCACUAUGCGAGCCCAAAUUGAAGUCAUACCAUGCAAAAUCUGUGGAGAUAAGUCAUCAGGCAUCCACUAUGGAGUCAUCACAUGUGAAGGCUGUAAGGGUUUCUUCAGGCGCAGUCAACAGAACAACGCGUCCUACUCCUGUCCCCGUCAGCGCAACUGUCUGAUCGACCGAACAAACCGCAACCGCUGCCAGCACUGCCGGCUCCAAAAGUGCCUGGCUCUGGGCAUGUCCCGGGAUGCUGUUAAGUUUGGCCGCAUGUCCAAGAAGCAGAGGGACUCUUUAUACGCAGAGGUUCAGAAACACCAGCAGAGGCUGCAGGAGCAGCGGCAGCAACAGACGGGUGAAGCGGAGGCCCUCGCCCGUGUUUACUCCUCCAGCCUCACCAACGGCCUCAGCACCCUCAACCACGAGAUUGGGGGGACGUACGCCAACGGUCACGUCAUAGACAUGCCCAAGGGUCAGCCAAACGGCGCUCCCGGAGGCUAUUACGGCAUGGACUCCACACAGGCCAGCCCGGAUCAGUCAGGACUGGACAUGACUGGAAUGAAGCAGAUCAAACAGGAACCCAUAUACGAUCUCACCCCUGUUCCCAACCUUUUCACCUACGGCUCCUAUCAAGACAGCCAGCUAGCACCUGGAGUGUCUAUGGGGGAAUUAGACCGAAUUGCACAGAACAUCAUAAAGUCCCACCUGGAGACGUGUCAGUACACAGCGGAGGAGCUUCAGCAGCUAGCUUGGCAGACGCACUCUUAUGAAGAGGUCAAGAUGUACCAAAGCAAGACACGGGACGUGUUGUGGCAGCAGUGUGCUAUACAGAUAACUCAUGCCAUUCAGUAUGUGGUAGAGUUUGCAAAGCGCAUCACUGGCUUCAUGGAGCUUUGCCAGAAUGACCAGAUAUUACUACUGAAAUCAGGGUGUCUGGAAGUAGUGCUGGUCAGAAUGUGCCGGGCAUUCAACCCACUCAACAACACGGUUCUGUUUGAGGGGAAAUAUGGAGGCAUGCAGAUAUUUAAAGCUCUAGGCUGUGACGACCUGGUCAGUGCAGUGUUUGACUUUGCCAAGAGUCUGUGUUCACUGCAGUUAACGGAAGAGGAGAUCGCCCUGUUUUCUGCUGCAGUGCUCAUUUCCACAGACCGGCCGUGGUUAAUGGAGCCCAGGAAAGUGCAGAAGCUACAAGAGAAAAUCUACUUUGCCCUGCAGCACAUCAUGCAAAAGAACCAUCUGGAUGAGGAUGCGCUGGCCAAGCUGAUUAGCCGGAUCCCCACGCUGUCGGCUCUGUGCACUCUCCACACAGAGGAGCUUCAGGCCUUCCAGCAGCUCCACCCAGAGACGGUUAACAUGCUGUUUCCCCCCCUCUAUAAGGAGCUUUUCAAUCCCGAUGCCACUGGCGUCAUGCCCAAAUGACCGCACACGUUCACAUGCACACUUCGCAAAGUCUUUCAUUCAACAACUGGAGGUGUUGCAGAGGAUGAGCACUGUGUCACAGCAUCCGCAGAUUUUGCAGCCACAAAAAAAAAAAUAUGUAAAAAAAAAACUCUAGGAAUGUCCUGCACUUCAAAAGCCCAACUCAAUUUCACCGGUACAGUCAUAAGAAUGUAUAUAUGCGCCAGCAGCAAAAGGCGCCUUCCGUUUGACCAGAAAUGUACAGACUUUAGGACAAUUUAAGCUGUCUUUAAAUUGGGUAAGUUAAUUUGUUUGACUUUUCUCGCUCUUUUUUUUUUUUUUACAAAAUAUUGUUCUAUUGAAAUGAGAAGGUGGGGAAUGCAUUCAAAAUGAUAAUGUAGUCUUUCUCUAGUACAAAGCGGUAUUCCAGUAUUAAAUCUUGUUCUGUUAAUAUUUUAGUCAUAAUUUAAAAACAACAGUGGUCUGAAAGGCCAAUACCUUGUCUAUGUAAUUUUUCGUAUUUGUUUUGUAGUUUUACCUGUACAGAAUAUGUGAAGUUGAAGUUGGUAUAAGGUUAACGAGGGACUAACUUUGCUUGGCCACGUUUAAAAGCCUUGUCUGGGCUAUGUAGAUAUGUAUAAACGGCACCACAACAUUAAUCCUAUAACUAAGGAUUUUUGAAGUGGAAAAUAAUUGAUAAUGAAUACUUUUCCAUACAAAAGUAUAGAGAUAUAUAUUUUACAAAAAAUUGUAUGGUCCAUUACCAUCUUGUCAGUCAUAGCUGCAAUAACAGUUUCUGUAACUGCUAAAAACAAUCCGGUCAAAUGUGACUUUAUGGAAAGCCCUCAGAACUGCUUCGAAUCUAUUAUCCUGUUUGCUCUAAAUGCCUCAAAAUGCUGUUUUUACUGCCACACUGCCAAAACUAAUAUAGCACUAGUUUAGUGGAGCUGCAGCCGUCUGUCUGUGAAGGCAUAAAUCACUAGUACAUGAUCAUUUACUGCCACUGAUAAGAAGUCAGUGAACUCAACUCUUUUCUGCCACAUUCAUAGAAGAUUCUCUGACUUUAGCAAUAAUAUCUAUAAUGUCAUUACAUGCCCAGGCCAGCCUGGGUCUGUGGUAUUCUUAACUUUAUGCUAAAUGUAAAGCACUCAUCCUUAUUUUUAACAUCAAUUUAUUAAUGUUGUCUGUGUUUUUGGCAAUGCGUAAUUCAAGAUAAAAAUAAGUCAAUUCCAAAAAUGAUAUUUUUCAAAGAAAACUGUCAUGGAAUUUAAUCAAUUGGAACAUUGACUCGUUUAAAAAAAAAUCUUUCAGUCAUUCCAUUGGAAUUUUUAAUCAAAACUUGGAACUGAUCCUGAAAGAUCACAAUCAAAUCGGAAUUCCUAUAUAAAUUAUGAUUCUAGUGAAUAAACAGAAAUUUAUUUUUUCAUGUUCUUAUUUAUGUAUUUAUUAUUUUAUUUAUUUGUUAACUUUUUUGACACAAAGUGCUACAUUUAGGAAUAAAAAAGGAAUAUCAUUCUGAGUAGGUGAUUGUCUUGGAAUUUACCUGCUUAAGAAAUAAUUUUAGCAAAGCAGAUUUAAAUACGACAUUUUUAGACAGUCGUUCUUAAACAACCACAGAGAAGUUUCCUGUAACUCAAUAUUGCUGAGCAUCCUUAACUUGCUGUAAUCCACUGUUUGUAAAAUCUUAAUGCAAGUGGGAAAUGACAAUCAUCUUUGACUACUCAUAUUGCAGUAUAGAACCACAAAAUGCAGCUACUGUAGGAAGACUAGGAGUUCUUUGAGGGCAGUUUGGGUUUGGACCCUUUCGGUCUGAGGUAAAUCUUGUAAAGUACCACCUCAUACCACCAGGUGGAGAGACUGAGAGCGCUUUUCCCCCUUCUCUUGACCUGUACUCACAGGAUGUAAAGCCAUAUGUCAGUUUCUUAUGAAGGAAAGAAUACAAACACACAAGCUAGGAGUUAACAUGCGGUUGAGUUGACGAUCAGUGAAUUUUUAGUAUGACGAUGCAUUUAUAUUGUGAAAUGCACUUGAAAGCACUUAACAAUGAAGGAUUAAUAACUACAGAUGGUAUUGGUAUUAAAUACAUGCACAAAUGUAGUCUGCUGAGAAGCAAUCAUACUACCUGUUCAAGUCCUCCUACUGAACCAAACGCUCUCAGCCCAACUUUAGGAAAUGUUUCCAAUUCCUUCAGUGUCAGUUUCCUGUUCAAGACAAUCAUUUCUGGGUGCAAUUUUUCUUGGCACCCAUCUCAGGGACUUCUCUUUUAAUGUUUUCAAAAGAAAGAGAGUACUAUUUAAAAAGAAAAGAAAAAAAAAAAAGUAAAUUUUUAGGGAAUAAAAUACAAUCACAGCGGUUUCUUCACAUACAUAACCAACCCAGACAAGGCUUUGGUGUGUGUGUGUGUGUGUGUGUGUGUGUGUGUGUGUGUAAAGCGU